AUGAUCAGUACAAAGUAUACAGGUGCACUCUUACUGAGACGAUCCAUUACAUCGUCCGGAACAUGUUCCAAUAAGCUCUCUAGCCCUUUUAGUGGUGAUGCUACAUACCGUGGCGGUCUUCCAAAUGCCAUUUUCUUAAAGGGAAGCAGUGGAGACUAUGACAAUAUGAACAUGGACUGCGAUGGCGCAAACAAUUCGGCCGGUCGGUACUCAAAUCUCGGCCGGCGAAACCGCGUAAAGAGACCGUCAAGAGCUACAGUAUCCCCAAACCUCAAUGCAAAUGUCCACACCCAAGUUGUCUUUGGAAAUGAAGGCGCCAGCCCAUCGUUCAACCCCCAGAGCAAGGUAAUGGAACCUCUCAGUGUCACGGCAAUAGAGUGCAACAACGAGGUAGUAUUUUUUAUCCGAAACUCAGGUGAUACAAAUGACUUUACUUCUACCGGAGAGGCUUUCCUGGCAUUGGUGCAAAUUGAAAGGCCAAAAACACGACAAAAUUCGAGAUCAGCAUCAAGCCCUUGGGCAAUCAACCCGUUACCAGCCUGUACAUCAGCAACUCUCUUUGAAGGAAUAGAAUCUCUGCCCUUUCGGCAUAUAUGA